UCUAUUCCUGAAUAAAUCGUGAAUAACGAGGGUGGGGAAGACAAAAUGGUGGGCGGAAUGCGCCGCUCCCUAUCCUUCCCUAUUCCCCGCUGCGCCCCUCCGAACCCCCGGCACCGGAAACCCGUGCGCUGCUCGAGCCUCUCGUGCCGCUUCCACCCCGCCGUCUCCCACCUCGACCACAACAUCCGCGGCCUCCGGGCGUGGCACGCAGCGCCGCGGCCGCUGUGUGGGUCGCCGAAUUGGAUCGCCGCCGGCCUCGAACGCCUUGACGCCCUCCUCGCAGCCCUCGCGGACCUCCUAUUCCUCCCCCAGGCCCAGGAACCUCUCCAUCGCCGCCGCCUCUCACCCUGGACCGACCGCCUCCUCGACGACUUCCUCCGCCUCGCCGACACCCACGGAUCCUUCCGCGCCGCCCUGACCGAGCUCAAGAGCUACCAGGCCGAUGCCCAGGUCGCCCUCCGCCGCAACGACGAGCCCCGCUUCGCCUCCGCCGUCCGGGCCCAGCGCCGCGCCGAGAAGGAAUUCAUCCGCCUCGCUGCCGGCAUCCACGACGUCGGGAGACAUGGCGGGGAUCAUGAGAAAGGUGACGGUGGCGGCGGUGGCGGCGUCCGCGGCGGUGAUGGUGGGGGUAGCGGCGACGUCGGGGGUGGCGACGGAGGCGGCGGCGGCGCGUGGGACGGGGAGGCAGACGUGGGGGCGGCGGUGCUGAGGUGGACAGCGAGGGCGAAGGCGAUGAUGAGGGGGAGGGAGAAGGAGAGGGAGAAGGCGGCGGCGUGGCGGGGCGCGGCGUUGGCGAAGUUGGAGAAGCUGGAGGAGUGCAUCGAGGCGUUGGAGAGCAGCAGUGAGAGGGUAUUUCGGACUCUGGUUAAUACUAGAGUUUCUCUUCUCAACAUCCUCACCCCCACCUUCUAAUUUCUCCCCAGCGAAUCAAAAAAUAAAAAAAUUAAAAAUUAAAAAGCUCAAAACUAAAGAAAUAAAAAAUAUAAAAUUUUAUAGAUUGAUUGCAGUGCAAACAGACUAAUAUAUGAAAGAAAAAAAGAUGUGGUAAUGUAGACGAUGGUAAG